CCGCGUGCUUCCCCACGUGUGCGGCAGCUCGCCCCGUGCCUUCCGAGUGGCGGCGGCCGCUUUCUCGGGGGGCGUAGACGGUGCCAGCUCCGGUACCGGAACCUCGGCGGCUUAGGAGCGCUGAGUACGAAACAGGGAGCGCUGGGAACCGUCUGGGGAGGAGGGCCAGGAGCCAUGGAGCAUCUCUUAUUGGAUGUGGCGGCUGCGCCGCUGCGGUUAAUCGCUGCUAAGAACGAGAAGAGCCGCAGCGAGCUGGGCAAGUUCUUGGCCAAGCAGGUGUGGACGCCUCAAGAUCGUCAGUGUAUCCUGAGUACCUUAGCCCAGUUACUCCUGGAUAAGGACUGUACCGUGCUGGUUGGUCGCCAGCUGCGCCCUCUCCUUUUGGAUUUGCUGGAAAGGAAUGCAGAAGCCAUUAAAGCUGGAGGCCAGGUCAAUCACGAUCUACAUGAACGGCUUUGUGUGUCCAUGAGCAAACUCAUUGGUAACCAUCCUGAUGUCCUCCCGUUUGCCCUGAGGUAUUUCAAGGACACUUCCCCAGUUUUUCAGAGACUCUUCCUAGAGAGUUCAGACGCUAAUCCAGUCCGCUAUGGGCGCCGGCGGAUGAAGCUCCGGGACCUAAUGGAAGCGGCCUACAAGUUUCUGCAGCAAGAGCAGUCUGUAUUCCGGGAGCUCUGGGACUGGAGUGUGUGUGUCCCUCUCCUCAGAAGCCAUGACACCUUGGUCCGCUGGUACACAGCCAAUUGUCUUGCUUUGGUCACCUGUAUGAAUGAAGAGCACAAGUUAUCAUUCCUUAAGAAGAUUUUCAGUAGUGAGGAAUUGAUUCAUUUCAGGUUGAGGUUACUAGAAGAGGCCCAGCUGCAGGACUUGGAGAAGGCCUUGGUUUUGGCCAAUCCAGAAUCCUCCCUUUGGCGUAAGGAGAAGGAGCUGCAGUACUUACAGGGACACCUUGUUUCAGCAGACCUGUCCUCCAGGGUGACUGCUGUCUGUGGUGUGUUGCUGCCUGGGCAGCCGCUGGCCCCUGGGGAGCAGGCUAGUAAUAGAAGUUCUUCACAUGAACACGAGCUGGCCCUUAGGUCCUAUGUGCUGGUUGAGUCAGUCUGCAAAAAUCUUCAAACCUUGGCUACGGCAGUGGCUUCUCAGAAUGCCGUAUUGUUGGAAGGACCAAUAGGAUGUGGCAAAACGUCCUUAGUUGAACAUUUAGCUGCAAUGACAGGUAGAAGGAAGCCCCCUCGUCUUCUCAAAGUCCAGCUUGGAGAUCAGACUGACAGUAAGAUGCUGUUGGGAAUGUAUCGUUGCACAGAUGUCCCAGGAGAGUUUGUGUGGCAGCCUGGUGCUCUGACACAGGCAGCCACCAAUGGCCACUGGAUCCUUCUGGAGGACAUUGACUAUGCCCCCUUAGAUGUGGUUUCCAUGCUGAUCCCUCUCUUGGAGAAUGGAGAGCUCUUGAUUCCUGGCCGAGGCGACUGUCUGAAAGUGGCACCUGGAUUUCAGUUCUUUGCAACCAGGAGACUCUUAAGCUGUGGAGGAAGUUGGUAUCGACCGCUAAACAGUCAUGCCACUUUGCUAGACAAAUAUUGGACCAAAAUUCACCUGGAUAACAUGGAUAAGACAGAACUGCAUGAGGUUCUUCAGAGCAGAUAUCCCAGCCUGUCGGCAGCAGCUGAUCACCUGCUUGAUAUUUAUAUCCAGCUUACUGGUGAGAAACAUCAUUCUCAGAGCGACAGUCACAUCGAAUGUGAACAGGCACGUGAAGAAGUUUCAGAAACCAGAAGAGAAAACAAAAGACCAAGCCUAGAGGGAAGAGAAUUGUCUCUAAGGGACCUACUGAAUUGGUGUAGUAGGAUUGCCCAUAGCUUUGACAGUUCUUCUUCGUCAGCAUCAUUAAAUAUUUUUCAAGAGGCUCUGGACUGUUUCACAGCAAUGCUUUCUAGGCAUACAAGUAAACUGAAAAUGGCAGAAGUCAUUGGAAGCAAAUUGAACAUUUCCAAGAAAAAGGCUGAAUACUUCUGUCAACUUUAUAAACCAGAAAUUGUUAUCAAUGAGCUAGAUGUGCAAGUGGGGCGAGUGCGGCUUCUACGGAAACAAAGUGAGGCUGUCCAUGUACAGAGGAAGAAGCUCACUUUUGCAGCCACGCGGCCGUCCUCUGUUCUUAUUGAACAGCUCGCUGUGUGUGUCAGCAAAGGGGAGCCUGUGUUGCUAGUGGGAGAGACCGGAACCGGCAAAACCUCUACUGUGCAGUACUUGGCUCACGUUACAGGCCACCGUUUGAGGGUUGUCAAUAUGAAUCAACAAAGUGACACUGCAGACUUGCUUGGAGGUUAUAAGCCAGUGGAUCAUAAGCUUAUUUGGCUGCCUUUACGGGAGGGAUUUGAGGAACUCUUUGCUCAGACAUUUUCCAAGAAGCAGAACUUUACAUUCUUGGGGCAUAUUCAGACCUGUUACAGGCAGAAACGCUGGCACGAUCUCCUGAGACUAAUGCAGCAUGUUCACAAGUCAGCUGUCAACAAGGAUGGAAAAGAGAGUGAAACUGGAUUACUUCUAAAAGAGAAGUGGGAAGCAUUUGGCCUUAGACUCAGCCAUGCCCAACAACAGAUGAAAAUGACUGAAAAUGCCUUAUUGUUUGCCUUUGUGGAGGGCACAUUAGCUCAGGCUGUAAAGAAAGGAGAGUGGAUCUUGUUGGAUGAGAUUAAUCUGGCUGCUCCAGAAACAUUGGAAUGCCUGAGUGGUUUACUUGAAGGCUCCUAUGGCUCCCUGGUGUUGCUGGAUCGAGGAGACACAGAGCCAUUGGUUCGUCAUCCUGACUUCCGCUUAUUUGCCUGCAUGAAUCCAGCAACUGAUGUGGGCAAAAGAAAUCUCCCACCAGGCAUUAGAAACAGGUUCACAGAACUUUAUGUAGAAGAAUUAGACAGUAAAGAAGACUUACACAUUCUUAUUGUGGAUUAUCUGAAAGGAUUGAGUGUGAACAAGAACACAGUGCAAGGAAUCAUAAACUUCUACACAGCUGUGCGGAAAGAGUCUGAGACCAAAUUGGUGGAUGGGACUGGCCACAGACCUCACUACAGCCUUCGGACCCUCUGCAGGGCCUUGCGAUUUGCAGCCUCCAAUCCAUGUAGCAGCAUCCAGCGCUCACUCUAUGAGGGCUUUUGUUUGGGUUUCUUAACACAGCUUGACAGGGCAUCACACCCACUAGUUCAGAAGCUUAUUUGCCAACACAUUGUUUCUGUCAAUGUCAAAAGUCUGCUGAAGCAGCCUAUUCCAGAACCGAAAGGAGGCCGGCUUAUCCAGGUUGAAGGUUACUGGAUAUCUGUGGGAGACAAGGAACCUACAAUAGAUGAGACGUAUAUUCUCACGUCUUCUGUCAAGCUGAACCUGAGAGAUAUAGUCCGAGUGGUCUCUGCAGGAACCUACCCAGUGCUAAUUCAGGGAGAAACAUCAGUUGGUAAGACAAGCCUGAUUCGGUGGCUGGCUGCAGCCACUGGGAACCACUCUGUGCGUAUAAACAAUCAUGAACACACGGAUAUUCAGGAGUAUAUUGGUUGCUAUACAUCUGAUGCCUCAGGGAAGCUGGUGUUUAAAGAAGGUGUUCUUAUUGAUGCUAUGAGAAAGGGCUACUGGAUUAUUUUAGAUGAAUUAAAUCUGGCCCCUACGGAUGUUUUAGAGGCACUGAACCGACUCUUGGAUGAUAACCGUGAAUUGCUCAUAACAGAAACACAAGAAGUUGUUAAAGCACACCCUCGAUUCAUGCUUUUUGCCACCCAAAAUCCCCCAGGACUUUAUGGAGGUAGAAAGGUGCUUUCUAGAGCCUUCAGGAACCGGUUUGUAGAAUUGCACUUUGAUGAAUUGCCUAGUUCUGAGUUGGAAACAAUCUUGCACAAACGGUGUAGUUUGCCACCCUCCUACUGCAGCAAGUUGGUUAAAGUAAUGCUGGACCUUCAGUCCUAUCGCAGAGGUUCUUCAGUGUUUGCCGGAAAGCAGGGCUUCAUUACUCUUCGUGAUCUGUUCCGAUGGGCCGAAAGGUACAGAUUGGCUGAGCAGACUGAGAAGGAAUAUGACUGGCUGCAACAUUUAGCCAAUGAUGGUUUUAUGCUCCUGGCAGGGCGAGUCAGGAAGCAGGAGGAGGUCAGUGUGAUUCAAGAAGUCCUUGAAAAACAUUUUAAGAAAAAAUUGUGUCCUCAAUCCCUUUUCUCCAAAGAAAAUGUCCUAAAAUUGCUAGGUAAAUUGUCUACUCAAACAUACAAACUGGAGUCCAAGUUCAGCCACAUCGUGUGGACCGAGGGCAUGCGGAGACUGGCCAUAUUGGUGGGAAGGGCAUUAGAAUUUGGUGAACCAGUACUGCUCAUUGGAGACACUGGGUGUGGGAAAACUACUAUCUGUCAGAUGUUUGCAGCAUUGGCAAAUCAGAAAUUAUACGCAGUCAAUUGCCACUUACAUAUGGAGACAUCGGACUUCUUGGGAGGGCUGCGGCCAGUGAGACAGAAGCCAAAGGACAAGGAAGAAAUUGACACAUCAAGGCUCUUUGAGUGGUAUGAUGGGCCUCUGGUUCUGGCCAUGAAGGAGGAUGGCUUUUUCCUCUUAGAUGAGAUCUCGCUGGCUGAUGACUCCGUCCUAGAAAGACUCAACAGUGUCCUUGAAGUGGAAAAGUCUCUGGUAUUAGCGGAAAAAGGCAGUCUAGAGGACAGGGAUAACGAGGUAGAGCUGUUGACUGCUGGGAAAAAAUUCCGUAUCUUAGCAACCAUGAACCCUGGGGGCGACUUUGGAAAAAAAGAGCUGUCUCCUGCCUUAAGAAACCGGUUUACUGAAAUAUGGUGCCCUCAAAGCACAAGCCGUGAAGAUUUGAUUCAGAUUAUCAAUCGCAGUCUUCGUCCGGGAUUGUCUCUGGGCAGAGUAGAUCAUAAAGGGACUGACAUAGCUGAGGUAAUGCUGGAUUUCAUUGACUGGCUGACCCACCAGGAGUUUGGCCGAAGGUGUGUGGUCAGUAUCAGAGAUAUUUUGUCCUGGGUUAACUUCAUGAAUACAAUGGGCGAGGAAGCUGCUUCGAAAAGGCCAGAGGCCAUCUCUACCGUGGCAGCUUUUGUCCAUGCCGCAUGCCUGGUGUACAUAGAUGGAAUAGGUUCAGGAAUAACUUCUUCUGGGUUUGGUACAGCCCUCUUGGCUCGCAAAGAAUGUCUGAAAUUCUUAAGCAAGAGACUUUCCAAGAUAGUCCGACUUACAGAGUGUCAGAAGAACGAAUUGAAGAUUUAUGACAGGCUCAAGGCCAAGGAAUUCACUGGGAUAGAUAACCUUUGGGGAAUUCAUCCGUUUUUUAUACCAAGGGGACCUGUCCUUCACAGGAAUAAUAUUGCUGACUAUGCACUCAGUGCUGGCACUACAGCUAUGAAUGCCCAGAGACUCUUACGAGCUACGAAACUGAACAAACCCAUCCUCCUGGAGGGUUCCCCCGGUGUGGGCAAGACCAGUUUGGUGGGAGCACUAGCAAAGGCUUCAGGCAACACUCUUGUUCGAAUCAACUUGUCAGAGCAGACGGACAUCACAGACCUAUUUGGAGCAGAUCUACCUGUUGAAGGUGGCAAGGCAGGCGAGUUUGCCUGGCGCGAUGGCCCAUUGCUGGCAGCUCUGAAGGCAGGCCAUUGGGUUGUGUUGGAUGAGCUUAACCUGGCUUCUCAGUCAGUAUUGGAAGGACUCAAUGCUUGCUUUGACCAUCGAGGAGAAAUCUAUGUUCCUGAGUUAGGAAUGAGUUUUCUAGUACAGCACGAGAAGACGAAGAUUUUUGGGUGUCAGAAUCCUUUCAGACAAGGAGGUGGGAGGAAGGGCUUGCCCAAGUCUUUCCUUAACAGAUUCACUCAGGUCUUUGUGGAUCCCCUUACAGUAAUUGACAUGGAGUUCAUUGCCAGUACUUUAUUUCCAGCCAUUGACAAAAAUAUUGUUAAGAAAAUGGUUGCUUUCAAUAACCAGAUCGAUCAUGAAGUGACUGUUGAGAAGAAAUGGGGGCAGAAAGGAGGACCCUGGGAAUUCAACCUCCGGGACCUUUUCCGCUGGUGUCAGUUGAUGCUGGUUGACCAGUCCCCUGGGUGUUAUGACCCUGCUCAGCAUGUGUUUCUGGUCUAUGGUGAAAGAAUGAGAAUCAGGAAAGACAAAGAAAAGGUCAUUACUGUAUUCAAGGAUGUGUUUGGCUCAAAUUCUAACCCAUAUACAGGAACCAGGCUAUUUCAUAUCACCCCCUAUGAUGUACAGCUGGGCUACUCCAUCCUUACCCGUGGCAGUUAUGUUCCUCACCCAUCCCGCCGACCCCUGUCGCUCCUGCACCAGUCGUUACAAUCCCUGGAGUCGAUCAUGAAGUGUGUGCAGAUGAGCUGGAUGGUCAUUCUUGUGGGACCAGCCUCUGUGGGCAAGACCAGCCUGGUGCAGCUUCUGGCACACCUUACUGGCCACACGUUAAAGAUCAUGGCUAUGAAUAGUGCAAUGGACACUACUGAGCUUUUGGGUGGAUUUGAGCAGGUGGAUCUUGCACGCCCUUGGAGGCAGCUGCUAGAGAAGGUGGAGGGCACUGUAAGGGCACUGUUAAGGGACAGCCUCCUUAUUAGUGCUGAUGAUGCGGAAGUAGUGCUGCGAGCCUGGAGUCACUUUCUUCUGAUGUAUAAGCCCAAAUGUCUUGGAGAAGGUGGGAAAGGUAUCACGAUGGAGAUUGUCAAUAAGCUGGAAGCAGUAUUAUUGCUUAUGCAGCGACUCAACAAUAAAAUAAACUCAUAUUCCAAGGCAGAGUUUGCCAAACUUGUGGAAGAGUUCCGGGGCUUUGGGUUGAAACUCAUGCAGUCAGUCAGUGGUCGCACCCACGGCACGUUUGAAUGGGUUGACAGCAUGUUGGUUCAGGCCCUGAAGUCUGGAGACUGGCUUCUGAUGGACAAUGUGAACUUCUGCAACCCGUCGGUGCUGGAUCGUUUGAAUGCUUUGCUUGAACCUGGAGGUGUCCUCACUGUUAGUGAGAGAGGAAUGAUAGACGGAGCCAUUCCCACGAUAACACCAAAUCCCAAUUUCAGGCUUUUUCUCUCAAUGGAUCCUGUUCAUGGAGAAAUAUCCCGAGCUAUGAGGAAUCGUGGGCUUGAAAUCUACAUUUCAGGAGAAGGAGAUGGGAGCAUCCCAGAUGACUUGGAUUUGAAAGUUCUUCUGCACAGCCUUGGGUUGGUGGGGGACAGUGUGUGUGACACCCUCUUGGCUCUACACACAGAGACCCGAGGAGCUGUUGUAGGUACUCCAGUGUCUUCAGUGUCAACUCUGAUUCAGACAGCCAUACUCAUUGUCCAGUAUCUGCAGCAAGGAAUGAGUUUGGAUAAAGCCUUUUCUGAAGCAUGCUGGGAAGUAUACGUCUGUUCCCAGCAUUCACCAGCAAACCGGAAGCUUGUACAGGCAUUACUGGAGAAACAUGUUUCUUCUCUGCGAGCACAUGAAACCUGGGGUAACUCCAUUCUUGCCCUGGGACUAUGGCCAGAUUCUCUGCCCUCAGCUCUCUUUGCUACUGAAGAUUCUCACCUCUCUGUAGUCCGAAGUGAUGGACAGAUCUUAGCAUAUUGCCUCAACAGGAUGAGCAUGACAACCAGCAGCUGGGCAAGGAGCCAGCCUCUUACCUUGCAAGACUUAGAAAAAAUUAUGCAGUCCUCCAAUCCUGAGAAUCUGAAAUUCAGUGCAGUCGAAGUGAAUACAUAUUGGAUCGAUGAACCGAAUGUUCUGGCCAUGGCUGUUAGAUUGCUCAUAGAAAGAGCAACCAAUCAGGAUUGGAUGCUCAGAGUUAAAUGGCUUUAUCAUUUAGCCAAGAAUAUACCUCAGGGGCUUGAGUCAAUACGGAUUCAUUUGGAAGCCAGUGCUGCAUCUCUUAGGAAAUUUUAUUCAAAUUCUCUCUCGGCUGGGGUCAGUAAUGUCAUCAAAAUACUGCAACCAAAUAUAACAGAGGAAUUUGUGAUCCCUUUGGAUCCCCGAUGGAAUAUUCAGGCUCUGGACAUGAUUAGAAAUUCCAUGGACUUUGACCCACAAACGGACCAGUCUGAGCAGCUCUUUGCCCUUUUAGAAUCUGUUGCAAACAGGACAAUCAUAUAUCUUGACCGGGAAAAACGGAUUUUUACUGAAGCAAAUUUGGUUUCUCUUGGUGGCAAAAAGUUAAGAAAUAGUGUUUUGAGAAUGUCCUUUGAAUUCCAUAAAGAUCCAGAGAGCUAUCACAGCCUGCCCCAUGAAAUUGUGGUCAAUCUUGCUGCUUUUUUUGAACUUUGUGAUGCAUUAAUCCUGCUGUGGGUACAGUCAUCCCAGGGGACGGUGUCAGAUGCCAGUGUCAAUGAGAUCUUGGGUUCUGUGCAGUGGCGGGACCGGUUUUGGACUAUGGCUGACACAGUAAAAGUGGAUGCCCCAGGCUUGGCCCUGCUUGCCCUUCAUUGGCACUGGGUUUUGAAACAUUUGGUCCAUCAGAUUCCCCGGCUCCUGAUGAAUCAGGAAGACAAAUAUUAUAAGGAGGUUCAGACCGUCUCUGAACACAUUCAGAAUUGUUUGGGGAGCCCGACUGGUGGCUUCACUGGUAUAAAGAAGCUGCAGAAGUUCCUGGGACGACCCUUUCCUUUUAAGGACAAGCUGGUGGUAGAGUGCUUUUCACAAUUGAAAGUCCUUAGCAAAGCCCUUGCCAUCAGGGAGCGGAUGCCAGCCCUUGGUGAGAAUGGAUGGCAGGAAGACAUUAGUCGUCUCCAAGUGUUUGCUUCUGAGCAGACAUUAAAGAAAAGUCUUUUGCAGGCCUGGGUAUUGGUCCUCAGAGCUAAUAUUCUGGAAGAUGUCAACCCAGAUGAAUUGAAGAAUCUUGUGAAUGCUCAGUGUUUAGACCUAAAAGCCAAAGGAAUUUCAUUGGAUUUUUCGGAGAAAAAGCACAGUGAAGCUGCCUCCCUGUCCCAGCCAGUCUUUACCUCCUUAAUCCAACUUGCCAGGCGUGUUCAACUGUGGCCCGCAAUGGAGUACCUGGCUGUGCUUUGGCAGUACAAAAUGAUGGCUGAUUUUAUGACACAGGCUUUUCUGAGAAGGUCUAGCAAAAGCCAGCAACCCCACACAGAGGAGGAGAUACGGCAUCACAUCACAUUUUGUCUGAAGCACACACCAGUUGCACCUCAAGAGCUGCGAGACCUUUGGUCUGUGCUGUACCACCAGCAGGUGUCUACUGAAGAAAUUAUUUCUUUAUGGUCCGAGCUAUUUAAUUCCAUCUUUACGUCUUUUUGGAGCAGUACUGUAACCACAAAUCCGGAGUACUGGCUGGCUUGGAGCCCUCUGCCUAGUGUGCAACACAGGGAGAUGCCCAGGUCUCUUUUGGACUCCACAUUGAAGGGCCCAGGCAGUCUCAGCAGAGCCAUGUUCUCCAAGUGCUGCUUUGAAGUCUUGACCAGCAGCUGCAGAGCAAGUCCCUGGGAUGUCAGUGGCCUCCCCAUCCUGUCCUCUUCGCACGUCACCUUGGGAGAGUGGGUUGAGAGAGCCCAGCAACUGCAGGACGUCAGCUCAGUGCUUUGGACCAACAUGGCUGUCCCUGCAGUAGCAGAGUUCAGAUGCACAGACUCCCAGCUCCAGGGAGUGGUGUUGUGCCGGCACCUGGCGGGCCUCACAGAGCUGCUCCCGGAUCCCCAGCGGCAGGAGUACAUGCAGAACUGUGAGCAGCUGCUGCUUGGGGAUGGCCAGGCCUUCCAGAAUGUGGGCCAGACUCUUGGGGACAUGGCUGGUCAGGAGGUGCUGCCCAAGGAGCUGCUCUGCCUCUUGCUCACCUCUCUGCGCCACUUUUUUGGGGAAGGGGAGAAUCAGAGGAACCUGCCCGAGCCAGCCCACCGUGGGAGCCUCUGGGUGGGCCUUGGCUUGCUCCAGAUUCAGACUUGGCUUCCCCAGACACGCUUCGACCCUGCAGUGAAGAGGGAAUACAAGCUCAAGUACACUAAGGAAGAGUUACACCAGCUGCAGUGUGAGUGGAAAACCAGAAACCUCUCAUCACAGCUACAAACGGGAAAAGACCUGGAAGAUGAAGCCAUUAUCAGUUACUCUCAUCCUCACAUCAGGUUGCUCCGCCAAAGAAUUGAUCAGCUGGAGAAUCUGAUCUGCAGACUGUCUAAGAAGCAGGCCUUUAGACCCCAGCUGCCUGCGUAUGAGUCCCUGGUGCAGGAGAUCCACCACUACGUCACCAGCAUUGCCAAGGCCUCAGCCGUUCAGGAUCUGCUUUCACGGCUCCUGCAGGCCACCCACAUGGAUGGGCCUCGGUCUGCUCAGGUGACCCAGAGCCUUCUGAAGGAGGAGGCUUCUUGGCAGCAGUCUCACCACCAGUUCCGGAAGCGGCUGGUGGAGGAGUAUGCCCUGUAUCCAGACACUGUGGCCCCACUGCAGGCGUCCAUCCUGCAGAUGCAGCACGGCAUGAGGCUGGUGGCGUCCGAGGUGCAUGCCUCGCUCCAUGGCAGUGUGGUCUGUGCAGACAGGCUGGGUGCCCUGGCCACAUCCCUGUUGGCUUUCCCAUCGGUGGGCCCCACCUUCCCCACCUACUACGCUCAUGCAGAUGCUUUGUGCUCUGUGAAGUCAGAGGAGGUGCUGCGAGGCCUGGGGAAGCUGACCCUCAAGCGUUGUGGUGGAAAGGAGCUAGAAGGAAAGGGCCAGAGGCCCUGCCCAACCCGGGAGCAGCUAAUGAUGAAUGCACUCCUCUAUCUGCGCUCCCACGUGCUGUGCAAAGGAGAGCUGGACCAGCGGGCCCUGCAGCUCUUCAGGCACGUGUGCCAGGAAAUCAUCAAUGAGUGGGAUGAACAGGAACGCGUAGCCCAAGAGAAGGCAGAGCAGGAAAACAGCCUCUACAGAUACAGGAGCAGAAACUCCAGGACAGCUCUGAGUGAGGAGGAGGAGGAGGAGGAGCGGGAGUUCAGAAGACAGUUCCCUCUGCAUGACAAGGAUUUUGCAGAUAUUUUGGUAGAGCCAACAUUAGAUGAGAAAAAGGGAACUUCAGAUGGUCAAGAAGAAGCAGCAGCCGUGGAUACCGCCCUCCUCUCCCAGAGUUCAAUGCAAGCUGUGAUGCUGAUACACCAACAGUUGUGCCUCAACUUUGCUCGAUCCCUCUGGUACCAGAAGACUCUGCCGCCACACGAGACAAAGCAUUACCUCAGCCUGUUUCUAUCCUGCUAUCAGACCGGGGCGUCACUUGUUACACACUUCUACCCUCUGAUGGGGGUUGAGCUGAAUGACAAACUCUUGGGCAGCCAGCUUUUGGCCUGCACCCUCUUCUAUAACACUCUCUUUGGGGAGGCCACCUCAGACCUGAUGGUGAAGCCUGAUGGGCCCUAUGACUUUUACCAGCACCCCAAUGUCCCAGAAGCCCGGCAGUGCCAACCUGUGCUUCAAGGCUUCUCAGAGGCUGUCAGUCAGCUGCUGCAGGAGUGGCCGGAACACCCGGCCCUUGAGCAGCUUCUGGUUGUAAUGGACAGAAUUCGUAGUUUUCCACUUUCCAGUCCCAUCUCAAAGUUCUUGAAUGGCUUAGAGAUACUUCUAGCAAAGGCCCAGGAUUGGGAGGAAAAUGCAAGUCGAGCUCUGUCUCUGCGGAAACAUCUUGAUUCGGUCACUCAGUUGAUCAUUCGAUGGCGUAAAUUGGAGCUAAACUGCUGGUCCAUGAGUCUGGAUAAUACCAUGAAGCGCCACACCGAGAAAUCCACCAAGCACUGGUUCUCUAUUUAUCAGAUGCUUGAGAAGCACAUGCAGGAACAAACAGAAGAGCAGGAAGAUGACAAGCAAAUGACCCUGAUGUUGCUGGUCAGCACAUUACAAGCAUUUAUCGAAGGAUCCUCCCUGGGCGAAUUCCAUGUUCGUCUUCAGAUGUUACUGGUUUUCCAUUGCCAUGUCUUGCUGAUGCCACAAGUUGAAGGAAAGGAUUCACUUUGCAGUGUUCUGUGGAAUUUGUACCAUUAUUACAAGCAAUUCUUUGACCGGGUCCAGGCCAAAAUUGUGGAACUUCGUUCCCCCCUAGAAAAAGAACUUAAAGAAUUUGUUAAGAUAUCCAAGUGGAAUGAUGUCAGCUUCUGGUCCAUUAAACAGUCUGUGGAAAAGACACACAGGACCCUCUUUAAAUUCAUGAAAAAAUUUGAAGCUGUGCUGAGUGAACCUUGCCGGUCAUCCUUGGUGGAGAGUGACAAAGAAGAACAGUCUGACUUUUUGCGUGGGCCAACAGAUGCAGCCUUGAGUGACCCAUCUCCCAUUCAAAGUCUGAACAGGGCAGUGAGGGAGACCUUGUUAGCCCGGCCGGCAGCUGGACAGGCCACAAUUCCAGUACUAUGUCAGGGUGUUGCUCCUUUUCCCUUGGAGGGGGAACUUCUGAGUCGCUUGCCGAAGCUCACACAGCGAAUGAAGAAGAUAUGCCUGACAUUCAUGAAGGAGAGUCCCCUGCCACACCUAGUGGAGGGCCUCGAUCAGUUCACAGGUGAGGUCAUUUCCUCUGUGCGUGAGCUGCAGAGCUUAGAGGUGGAGCCUUGGUCUGAGAAGGAGAAGCGACAUUCAGAGGCCAAGCACAUUCUCAGGCAGAAGCAGCGAGCUUUAUCAGAGCUCUUCAAACACCUCGCACACACAGGUUUGUCAUAUCGCAAAGGUCUUGCCUGGGCUCGUUCGAAAAACCCCCAAGAGAUGCUUCAUCUUCACCCAUUAGAUCUCCGGAGCACGUUGUCUAUAGUCAGCAACACUCAGGAGGCUGACUCUAGGCUGCUGACGGAAAUCUCAUCUUCGUGGGAUGGGUGCCAAAAGUAUUUUUAUCGAUCUCUUGCACGGCACGCCAGGCUCAAUGCGGCCCUAGCAACCCCUGUCAAGGAGGUGGGCUUGGGCAAUGUUGAGCGGUGUAAAGGGUUCUCAGCCCAUUUGAUGAAGAUGCUUAUCCGACAGCGGCGCUCCCUGACCACACUGACUGAGCAGUGGAUCAUCCUCAGGAACCUCCUCAGUUGUGUGCAGGAGAUUCACGGCAGGCUGACGGGGCCCCCCGUCUACCCCAUGGCCUUCCCCCCUCAGGACAGCAUGCAGCAGUGGACAGAGAGGCUGCAGCACCUGGCCAUGCAGAGCCAGAUCCUGCUCGAGCAACUCUCCUGGCUCCUCCAGUGCUGCCCCAGUGCAGGGCUGGCCCCAGGCUGUGACGAUGCCCAGGCACAGGGCCAGCCUUCCACUCCCCACCCAGAAGGACAAGAUCUCACCAAGGGACAGCUCUCCAGAGCAGUGCCUGACCUCAUCGCAUCAGAUCUUACCUACCCAUCCCCAAUGCCUGGAAAUCAGCUGCCCUCUGGUUGCCGGAUGCGGAAACAGGACCAGCUUUGGCAACAGUCAACUGCAAGGGUAACAGAGAUGCUAAAAACCAUUAAAACAGUGAAAGCCGAUGUCGACAAAAUUAGGCAGCAGUCUUGUGAGACCCUCUUUCAUUCCUGGAAAGGUUUUGAAGUUUGCUCUUCUGGGCUGAGUUGCCUGUCCCAGGUGUCAGCUUAUUUGCAAGGCCUAGAGUCCUUGUUCAUUCUUCCAGGGAUGGAGGUUGCACAAACGGACCCACAUAUGGCAUUAGUUGAGAGCCUGGAAUACGUAAGAGGAGAAAUCAAUAAAGCCACAGCUGACUUUACUACCUGGAAGACGCAUCUACUCAUUCCAAGUAGCCACAGAGGAAACCAAAUGUUGGAUGAAGGAUUUGUAGAAGAUUUUUCAGAGCAAAUGGAAGCAGCCAUCCGUGCCAUCCUCUGUGCCAUCCAGAAUUUAGCAGAAACAAACAGUAAGAAAACAGAGGAGGACGCUAAACAGACAAGACCACAAGAAGACGAUGAGCCACCAGCUGUUGAGAGACUGCGGUUGGGACAUCUAUCAAAACUAGAGGAUGACUUCUGGGCCGAUGUGGGCACAUUGCACGUGCAGAAAAUAAUUUCCACCGUCUCAGAGCUGUUGGAGAGGCUGAAGUCAUAUGGAGAGGACGGCACAGCAGCGAAGCACAUGGUCUUCAGCCAGUCCUGCUGCUUGUUGGUGCACUUGGUGCCAAUGCUGUCCAGGUACUCGGACCUCAUCCUCUUCUUCCUCACCAUGUCUUUGGGAACUCACCGUAGCACUGCGAAGCUGCUCUCUGUGCUUGCCCAGGUCUUUACGGAGCUUGCCCAGAAGGGAUUUUGCCUGCCCAAAGAAUUCAUGGACGAUUCAGCUGGAGAGGGAGCAACUGAGUUCCACGACUAUGAGGGAGGUGGAAUUGGAGAAGGCGAGGGCAUGAAGGAUGUGAGUGACCAGAUAGAAAAUGAAGAGCAGGCGGAAGAUACAUUUCAGAAGGGUCAAGAAAAGGAUAAAGAGGAUCCAAACUCAAAAUCUGAUAUUAAGGGCGAGGAUAAUGCAAUUGAGAUGUCAGAAGACUUUGAUGGGAAAAUGCAUGAUGGGGAGCUUGAAGAACAAGAAGAUGAUGAGAAAUCAGAUAGUGAGGGCGGAGACCUGGACAAACAAGUGGGCGAUCUCAAUGGUGAGGAUGCGGACAAACUAGAUGAGAGAUUUUGGGGAGAUGAUGAUGAUGAUGAUGAAGAUGAGGAAGAAGACAGUAAAACUGAAGAAACAGGACCAGGAAUGGAUGAGGAAGAUCCUGAACUUGUUGCCAAAGAUGACAGCUUGGAUGCUGGCAAUUCAAAAAAAGAUAAAAACCAGUCAGAUAAGAAGGAAGAAAAAGAAGAAGCAGAAGCUGACGAUGGUGGACAAGGCCAAGACAAAAUUAACGAACAAAUAGAUGAGAGAGAAUAUGAUGAGAAUGAGGUGGACCCUUACCAUGGCAAUCAGGAAAAGCUGCCAGAACCCGAGGCCUUGGACCUUCCUGAUGACUUGAACCUGGAUAGUGAAGACAAGAAUGGCGAUGAGGACACAGACAAUGAAGAUGGAGAAGAAGAGAAUCCUUUGGAGAUAAAAGAAAAGCCAAUGGAUAUGGAAGAAGCAGAUCAUGAGGCUGAGGAAAUAAAUGAGGAAGCUGAGGCUGAACAGAAUGAAGGUGAGGGUCAGCACGAGCCUGAGGAAGGCCCCACUGAAGAUGACAAGGUGGAAGGGGAGGAAGAGAUGGACAUAGGAGCUGAUGACCAGGACAAAACUACUGCUGAACAUCCUGAACAAAACUCGAAAGAGGAGGAGCAGCAGUCUCCGGAGGAAAAGGACAACAAAGCAAACAAGGAAGGUUUAGAGAAUGGCAUGCCUGCAGACCAAGGUCUUCAGCCUCAGAAGCAGGAAGAAGAAGGAGAGAACCCUGACGCAGAGGAGCAGGUGCCCGAGGCUACAGAGAGGAAAGAGCAUGACUCUUGCGGGCAGACUGGGGAGGAGAACGUGCAGAGCGAGCAGGCUGUGGAGCUGGCUGGGGCCACGUCCGAGAAGGAGCAGGGGCAAGAGGAACACGGGAGUGGAGCUGCAGAUGCAAACCAGGCAGAAGGCCAUGAAUCCAGAUUCAUUGCCCGGUUGGCCUCCCAGAAGCACACCAGGAAAAACACACAGAGUUUUAAGAGAAAACCUGGGCAGGCUGACAAUGAGCGCUCCGUGGGUGAUCACAAUGAGCGUGUGCAUAAGAGACUGAAGACCGUGGACUCGGACAGCCAUGCUGAGCAGUGGCCAGCCCAGCCCCAGGCCCGGGUCGAGGAAGCAGAUGCUUUUGAGCACAUUCAACAAGGCAGCGACGCUUAUGACGUACAGACCUAUGAUGCGGCCAACACGGAGCAGCAGCAGUCUGCAAAAGUUCCCAGCAAGGAUCAGGAAGAGGAGGAGAUAGAGGAUGCCCUCAUGGACACAGAGGAACAGGAGGAGCUCAAAGCAGUGGACACACUGCAGCUGAAGCCAGAGGAGGUCAAGUCACGGACCACAGCAGGCCCUGGCAUUGAUGAGAUGGAGCUGGAGACAGAAAAUGUUAAAACAGAGGAAGUUCAAGACCCUGAGACAGACAAGUCCCUCAAGGAGACAGAGAACAAGAAUCCCGAGAGAAGCAGAGACUCGACCAUUCACACAGCCCAUCAGUUCCUGAUGGACAGGGUUCUCCAGCCCUUUUUAAAAGAUGCCAGUGAGCUAAGGCAGGAGUUGGAGAGACAGCUGGAGACGUGGCAGCCACAUGAAUCUGGAAACCCAGAAGAAGACAAGGCUGCAGCUGAGAUGUGGCAGAGUUAUCUGGCCUUAACCGCGCCGCUUUCACAACAGUUGUGUGAACAGCUUCGCCUCAUAUUAGAGCCUACCCAGGCAGCCAAACUGAAAGGAGACUAUCGAACUGGGAAGCGACUGAACAUGCGUAAGGUCAUCCCAUACAUUGCCAGUCAGUUUCGGAAAGACAAGAUAUGGCUUCGAAGGACCAAGCCCAGUAAACGCCAAUAUCAGAUUUGUUUGGCCAUCGAUGACUCUUCCAGCAUGGUAGACAACCACACCAAACAGCUUGCGUUUGAAUCUUUGGCUGUGAUUGGAAAUGCUCUAACGCUCUUAGAAGUGGGUCAGAUUGCAGUUUGCAGUUUUGGAGAGUCCGUAAAACUGUUACACCCAUUCCAUGAGCAGUUCAGUGAUUUCUCGGGGUCCCAGAUUCUACGGCUCUGUACCUUCCAACAGAAGAAAACCAAGAUUGCUCAGUUUCUAGAGUCCUCAGCCAACAUGUUUGUAGCCGCUCAGCAGCUCUCACAAAACAUCAGUCCAGAAAUUGCACAGCUCCUCCUGGUGGUCUCCGAUGGACGUGGUCUUUUCCUUGAGGGCAAAGACAGAGUCCUAGCAGCAGUUCAGGCUGCCCGCAAUGCUAACAUCUUUGUCAUUUUUGUUGUGUUGGACAAUCCCAAUUCACGGGAUUCUAUCUUGGACAUUAAAGUACCAAUAUUUAAAGGACCUGGAGAGCUGCCUGAAAUCCGAUCCUACAUGGAGGAGUUCCCGUUCCCAUUCUAUAUAAUUCUUCGCGAUGUGAAUGUGCUUCCUGAGACGCUCAGUGAUGCUCUCAGGCAGUGGUUUGAGCUGGUGACCGCCUCUGACCACUCGUAGAGCUGGAGGAGCACGGUCCCAAGUGAGACUUUUUAAACAGUGGACUGAAUGACACGCUUUUUGCCCAGGUGCUUGCAUUUGGACAACUGUUUCUGAUUUAUAAAAAUUUACUCAACAGCUACAAAAAAAAUUUUAUUGCACUGCCCAUUUUUCUUUUACAAUAUGACUUCAGAGCCUAGAGGAAGCUCUUUGGCUCCUUGCUUUGCCUAGGCCAUGGUUCUUCUAACAGACCUGGGGCAGGGAAGGAGCAGCUACAGCAGGUGUCAAGCCUCAGUACCUUCUGGCCUGUCCUGGAAGCCUGGGCCAGAUAGGAGGCCACGCCCCACACUGGGGGCCCAGCCAGCUGCCUUCCCUCACAGGGGCCUGAGGACAUGCUGCCAGGAGCAUGGGACCAUGCCAAUCCUUUGAACAAAGGAUGGAAGGGAGACCCUGCAUUAAGGAUCUGCCUUGGAAAGCCCACUGUGCAUACCCAAAAGCUGUCAGGUGGCUGAGACAGAUGCAGUUUUCUCGAACGUUUGCGUGUGUGUUUUCUUAAUGUGUUUGAUAUGAAAGGAACUACCUUCUCUUAGAGGGUAGGAAGCUUUUGGUGUGUGUGUUCUCAUAAAGUAACCAAACAUAUGGGUGCCCAAGUCAUCAGCAGAGAUGAUCCUUGAGCUGUGUAAAAUGAAGUGGCUUUUCAGUGUCCUCUUCCACGUUUGCUGCUUCGGAGACUAUGCAAAGAUGAACAGAUGAUUUUCCUGUUUAUUUCAUUCUCUCAGUGCCAUUGUCCCUGUGUUGUAGUAAUUUAUUUCUUUAGUUCAACUUUUUUCUUAACAGUUAAGGGGAAGAAUUACUCCUCACACCGCUUUCAAGUUGGACUGAGUCAGUCUCAUUCUAGAAAAGAAAUGCUGUGUCCAGAAGAACUAAGCAGCUACAUCUAUUUUUUUUUUUUUUCCAGUCAAAAUGCCUCUGGUUUUUAGAGUUUUUUACUUGGCCAGGAAGCAGAGCUUGACUACUUGAAACUGCGUGCUGUGUUCUAUUUAAUGUCCUGAUUGUCAAAACAUUCUUUUGUAGGCAACACGCCAUGAUGUGAUCAUCUAUUUCCAUGUGUCUUAUCAUGUUACACUGUGAAUUUGGCACCUUUUGUGGUGGUCAUCAAAGACACAGAUUGCUUGUUGUUUAGCCAAGUGUCCUAAAGCAUGUACCUGAAGUUAUAUCAUUAUUUUUUAUUCUAAAAAGCUAUGCAGCUUAUAUUCUGAAACUUAUUAAAAAAUAUACCACUAUUGAUGUAA